GUAUGUUGUUGAAUGAAAUGUUUGCUUCUCCUCAUCUUCCUUCUCUAAUGUCUGUAUCAUCUCAUCCACAUUCUUAGUCUGGGCUUCUCCUCCCUUCUUCUCUAUUCUGUGUAUUUCAGUUUAGUAUCUCUAAUUUCUUUAAUAGUUUGAGUUGAGUUGUAAUUUCCUGUCACUGCUGAAGUAAUAGAAGUGUUGAAAAAUUGGUUGUUACAUUGGUGCUUUUAUCCAGAGGUUUUCAAUGGAGGACCAAAAACUCAAGCUCAAGGCUCUCAUUGAUGCAUCUGUGAAGGGAGUGACAAAUUCAUUUUCCAAGGAUAUCGUUGAGAUUCGGUGUAUGUUACAAGAUGUGGUGGGGAAAAUGACACCGACCGCUUCUCAGUCUCGCUUUGGGUUGGGUUCGUCCAUGAAAGCUAUGUCGGUGAAAAUACCCAGAUUCAGUGGUGAUGAUCCAGCGGCAUGGGUAUUUCAGAACUCGGAGUCGGGAAGCACCUGACAGGUGUUUAGCCUUUCUCCUGAAGCUUACCACAGUGGACUAUUGUCCAGCACGAGCUGUAGCUAUUCCGCCUUGGAGCGCCAUGGCCAAAUUGCCCUCGCCUCAAUAUUGGAAUCCACAAUCAAGCCACAACAAUUUGAACUCUAACUACGAGGUGUUUGGGAAAAAUCCGGAUAGGGAAACUGAUAAUAUUGUAGAUGAUAAAACAACAAUACCAAUAGCUGAUGCUACUAAAGCAGAGGGUGAGGAUGAAGAUGCAGUGGUACAAGUCAAAAUUGAUGAUGGCACUUAAGUUUUGCUAACUCAAGCAAAAGAGAAGACGGGCAGUUCGGGUUUGGAUGACAACGAAGAGGAUUUCCUGCCUCUUGUUAUUGAAGUUGGGGAUACACGUUCCCCAAGAGAUACAUCACGGAGAGAAUGAGGAUAGCAUUCCAACAAGUGACAAGACUUCAGAUGAAAUAAUUCCCGAUGUUGAGCAUGGGAAAUCUACGAUGGGAUUCAUUGAUCGCCAUAAUUUGAGUCGAUAUCCAUUUGACUGUGGUGCUAAUUUCUUUAUUCUCACCAUUCCCAUAACUGCGAGGGAUCAUUGUGUAUGGGAUUCAGGAAUUAGUUCCAAGUUCAGGGCUUUAGCGGGUUUUACAGAGAACAGGGAGGCACAUAAACUUUUUGAAGAAGCUAGAAAAAGAAGGAGCUAUUUAUUUGCAAAUUUGUAUGCAUGGGAGCAUGUAGGUGGAGUUGCAAGGGGUGUUGAAUGUAGUUGUAAUUUUAGAAAUUCACAUGCAUCAUACAAGCUAUUGAGUGAGUCUAUAACGUUUUCAUUCCUGUGUUCUUUUGAUAGUGUUCCUACAUAUAUUGAAGAGCAAUACAUAAUUGAUCAGUUUAGGCAUUUACAGAGCGGAAAGGCUCUUGAGCUUAGUAUGUUAUACCCUGAUAUAGCAUCCAAGCUGGUGAUUUGCGUUAAUGAACUUGUAGCUACUGCCCUAGUUAAAAUGUAUACCAACAAUGCUCAACUGGACAGUGCCGAGAUGCUAUUCUCUAAGACUGGAUAUGAGGAUAAGAUUAUUGUCAUUUAUGCUACAUUUUGUAUAUGGAUGAACCAGAGGCAAAAGCGAGUGAUUAUGGAUUUUGUCCAAUUUAUUUCUCCAAAAGAACUACGUUGUGCAAUAAUUAGUGAGCAUGUAACUGGCUCAUCCUUAUUGAGUUUGAAUUUUUGGAAAAUGAGAUUUAUACAUGCACCUACUAUUUGGAGUAGAUAUUUGUUAGAUAUACACCAAGUUCCUCUAUUUCUAUCAAGAACUACUUGUAACAAUGUUAUGUUUGGGAUAUGCUAUAAACCACAGAUCUUUUUAAAGGCAAUGCAAAAUAGUUUCUUGUCCUUCAAUUGGUAUUUGUUGAUGAUGGAAAGUAUUGUGAUCUUUUGUGCACAAAGAGCACUGUUCAAGAACUCCAUAACCAACCUACUUGUUGGGGUUACCAACGCUCUUACUUUGGAGAGAAUUGUCCAGGAAGCUCAAGUCAAGUGAGACUCUCUAAAUGCCAAGAUUGUAGCUUGUUGCCUUAUGAUUUAUGGUGGUAUUAUGCCAAAGAUUGUCAAUGUUAUAGUGGCCACCAUCUCAUGUCACGUUGCCAUAGAUCACAUCUUCUCCUUAUAUUCCCCAGGAUACCUUUGUGUAGAGACAAUUGACAGGGUGCGCGCUACUAACACCUCUCUUGACUCGAACUUUGAGGACAAGGUUCUUUUCAAGGACGAGAGUAUUGUUGUGAACCAACCUUACUUGGUAAAGGAUUAUGGGCCAGAAAUGAGGAACGAGGCUGACCCAGUUAGGACUUUUGGGACAAGAGCUAAAGGCCAAUAAUUGAACAACCAAACAGAAUACUAGUACGUUAUAUUUGGGAUCCAGGGGGAGAUACGGGGCAGGCGUGUUGUUGAAUGAAAUGUCUGCUUCUCCUCAUCUUCCUUCUCGAAUGUCUGUAUCAUCUCAUCCUCAUUCUUAGUCUGAGCUUUUCAUCUCUUCUUCUCUAUUCUGUGUAUUUCAGUUUAGUAUCUCUAAUUCCUUUAAUAGUUUGAGUUUGAGUUGUAAUUUUCUAUCACUGUUGAAGUAAUAGAAGUGUUGAAAAAUUGGUUGUUACACAAUAGACUUCAUUGUUCCUACCAAAACUAAUUUUCUAAACUAUGUUUCAGCACCCCACGUGACCCAGCAACCCAACAAACAUUAACCCCAAAUUAAACUCUUGCCAAUUUCUCCUUCUAGAGGACGUUGUCAAUCUUGUCGCCGGCAAACAUGCCAACUCUCCUUUCUCGCUUCUUUCUUAAAAUUUUCAAUUCAAGUUCUUAAUUUUAUUCCUCUUUCCUUCUUUUCUCUUACUUCUUUCCUUAAUUCUUCCUCCUCAUUAGUGAUGGUUCAUAACUAAUUUGAUUUACCUCAAUUUGGAGCCAAGAUUUCAGCUCCAUGUUUUGGCCACGAUGGCCAUCGCGCUAGAGGAUUCGUACGCUAAUCUUUCCAUUUCGGCGCCCGUAGGUUCAAAUCAAUUUGAUGAACUUGGACAGGAUAUGAGAUUUCUCAAAUUGAAACUCCAAUCUCAUUUGAUUGCUAUGACUCCAAUUUUUCCGUGAGCCUCCGGUAGGCAUUUGAUUUCUUUCCUUAUCCAUGUCUGAUUUUUAAUAGCUGAAUUGAAAACCCCCAACGGCUAUAAAGAUUUCAAUUAUAAAUACUGAUGAUUUUGGGGGAAAAGAAAAAAAAAAUGCUCAGCUUAUCACUACAACUCAGGGAUUAUACUUUAUACCUUACAUCUACUGUUUAUAGCUCACAAUUACACGCUGGGCUUCUGAUCACUAUCUUUAUUACUACGAUAAUUAUUAUUUAGUCCCUACGUCUCUGCUUUACUAGCUGCAAUUCUUUAUGGCAAAGUUCGGUUCUUGAUACUCGCUUGACACAAUCUUAACGCGUCGAGCUUGGGUAUUUGUUGCUGUUGAAGCUCGGUUCGUGAAUCGUUAUUUGGAUCUUUGGAUUUCUUAUUAAUUUGGCACUUCGCAAACUGGUUAGUUUCUUUGUUAUGUCAGUUAGGUAUGAAGCAGUUGCUUUCGACACUAUUCCUUAGUUCCUGUGAUGUGGUAGUUAUGUGUAGCGUAGUCGUUUUAAUUCGUGUAUGCUUGGACUGCUCGAAUGCUACAAGCAUUCUGCUCGGAAGUGCACAGGUCCGUUCCUACUCCCUUUUUCUUAAAUCUUUUCCUUCUGUGUAUAUAUCAUAUGUGCGGGGCAGCUUGACCCUUUGAUUUGAUAUGUGCCAGAUAUCAUGUUUUGAGAUCCACCAUGAUUGAACUCAUCUAAUGAAUUGAAUUUCACUUAUUUGUGACAAGUUUGAAUGUAUUCUCUACCACUUAGACACCAUGACAUUAGGAUUACAGUAAAUAAAAUUGGAUUUGAAACUGUUAAAUCUCGUAAGUUUCAAGGCGAUCUGAUCGCCUCACAUGCUUAAGUUGCUUUGUCAAAGUAUGUGUACGCUAUUUGCUUAAAUAAUAAAAGAAGUCUGCGAUUUUAAUGUCACUAAUUUGAUGUCUAAAUGCUUAACCAUCUAGAUAACGUGUUGUAGGUUAAAGGGUUAAUUCGUGAUGAAAUUUAUGUCUGCAUGAACUUCAACCUCUGCAUGUUUUCUGUAAUCUCUGUUGCCUUGAGAUGUAGCACAUAUGAUCUCUUAGAAUCCACUUUAGAAUAGUAAGCAUGAUAAUAUGCUUUCGUGGUAAUGAGCGCAGAUAUAUGUUGGGGAAUUAUUGUGAUAUUUAUUUGGUCAUGUUUAAAUGAUGAGAGUGAUUUGAACAUAUACAAGUCAUACUCAUAGGAUUAACAAGAUAAUUUUUUAUAAAUAAGAAAACUAGAUAUCAUGCUCUUAAGUUGUCCAUGUAACAAGAAUACUUUUCUGUUAACGUCAAUAUAAUUUGAAUCAAUGCUUUCUUUUUCCUUUGCUGGGUUUAAGUUGUUGAAAACAUGAACACUUAGAUAUCAUGUUCCUAGGAUAUCUCUAGGGACUUGACACAUUUUUUUAAACUAAUAGAACAUGUGGUCACCUAAUACACAUGUUGUGUGCAAUUCUGUGCAUUUUCCAGCUGGUGUAAGGUCGCAGGAUCUCAAGUAUUGGACCAGGAUAUGGGAAUAUGGAGUUCAAUUGUGUUCACAUAGCAACUUUAAGAACUCAUUCUAUUUCUUAGUCAUUUUAAAUCCAUGGUCUGUAAUAGCUCUAAUAACGGAAGGAGAUUUGCCUGCUAUUUUUUGUUGUGCUCUCUCUGUUCCUUAUUUGCUUUGAGACUUUUUCUUCAAUUAUAUGACAUAAUUUUAUGGUUUAACCAAUUAGCAUUUAUAGGAAUGAUUAAGAUAAAAUUCGAUUUGCUUUUUACCGGGUAAAGAAAUGAUGUUCUAGUUUGAAGCAGUGCAUU